AUGUCGUCCGGCAGCGUACAAAUUCACCAUGUUUGGGCGACGAAUUUUGAUGCUGAAUUUCAUCUUCUAACUCAGAUGCUAUCAUAUUUUUCGAACGUCACCAUUGAUACAGAGUUUCCGGGCGCUAUAUAUCCAUCCAGGCCCCCCUCCUUUCCUUCCCUGCAAUAUUCCGAGAAGUACUACCAGUCUCUCAAAGCAAAUGUUGAUUGUAUGAAUCUCAUUCAGCUGGGCAUCACUCUCACCGACAACUAUGGCAGACUCCCCAAGUUUGACGAUCAUUACGUGGUCUGGGAGUUCAAUUUUAGAGAUUUCGAUGUCUCCACCGACUUACAAGCGCCAGAAGCCAUACAACUCCUCAGGAGCCAUGGAAUCGAUUUGGAGAAGACCAGGGAGCACGGCAUUGAUUCAGCGCUGUUUGCACAACGGAUGUGCGAGUCUGGGCUAGUUCAUUACGACUUGGCUUCUGGGACUCGUCUUCUACACCGUUCAUACUACGACAUUGCAUCAGGUAUUCGCUAUCUAGUGCGACCGAGAUGGAUAUGUUUCCAAGGAGGCUACGAUUUUGCUUACCUGAUAAAGAUAUUGAGCCAUGGGAGACCACUGCCGGAGACGAUAAAUGAUUUUCUUGAUGUGAUGAAUCAUGUAUUCGGGGCAGUUUUUGAUGUGAAACACAUGAUGAAGUGUCAUGGGUUGUAUGGAGGGCUGGAACGAGUUGCGAAGACGCUUGGCGUGGUUCGAUCAGUGGGGCAGACUCACUGUUCUGGGUCUGAUAGCCUCCUCACAUGGCAGAUUUUUGAGAAGUUAUGCAAGUGUUUUGGCAAGGUCGACUGGUCGGAGGCGAUGGGAGUUAUUGCUGGGCUGGAGUGUCAUGCCUUGAACAGGAGAUUGCAGUUGUAAGCUAAGGCCAAUAGAGUCCGCAGCCGCAUUCAUCCAAUUCAGCAGGGCUUAGUAUGUCACCGUCAUCUAUCCUCUUUGUCCCCGGAACUCUACUUUUGUUCAGUGUGUUGGUGCAACCAUGUAGUACUUACUGGGUAGUUGAA